ACUUUCAGUAUUUAACAGAUUAAUGCAGUCACGUUCAGAAUGAUUUUCUCUAGAUGCACUACAUGAACUUUCGCUGGGAACUUUGUGACAUAGUAUUUAUUUUUUCAUGGAAUGGAUCCUGCAGUAAGGGUUUCAACAACUAGCGAUGGCCAAAAGCCGAAUGAUCUGGAUCUGCGGCUUAAAGAGAAUAUAACGCGAUUGUUCAGUGGCGUUGACGAAAACACCGCACACGUGUUGCAUCGUAUUUUUGAGAAGUGGGCUACCAUUAACGACCAACGCAGCCAGUUGAUUAGCAUGAUGCAACGUGGCAAAGAUCAGGAGUUUAAAAGCUGUGCUAUUGCGAUAGUGUCCGCGGAAAUGGUUUCCUUUAGUUUCUCAAGAGACGUUCUACUCCAAAGUUCACUUAAGCGAAACCACCAGGAUGCGGUAGCCAUGGAGACGGAUGAGCCUUGUUCAACCGGCCUUACCCUUUCUCCAACACAUCGUGCAGCAGUAGAUCUGCCGUCCACGAUGUUCAAGGGUAAAUCAAAGAAUGCGUUCACCAUUGCAGUCGUUGGAAGAGAAAAUGCCGGUCAAUCAAGCCUAAUUCGAAAUCUGCUCUUAUGGUACGGUCAAGCCAUGUCAGGAACCGUGCAAAAAGUAUCUGUCGACGUUGUGCAAUAUGAACUUACCGAAGAUUUGUUUCUGAUGGAACUUCCGCCGAUUGGACAAGCAGGCUAUUCCAUCAAGAACUUUUGCGAUGCCUAUCAGAUACGCGGAUAUGACGUGGUCGUUUUGACUGUCGGCAACCGCUUUCGAGAAAAUGAUCAAGAGAUAAUUAAAACGGCUAGCAAGUCCCCACAUCCACUGCCACUGAUUAUCCUUAGCCAAGCUGCGCCUGCAAAUAGGUCCAUGCAGAACUGGCACGGUUAUAAGACAAGCGCCGGGGUGGAUGGGGAAAUUAACGCUUACUUGAACAGGCACAUAUACAGCAACGCCAGCGCUUUCGUGCUUACGGUCGGCACUGACUUCUCCAACCGCAAUAGUUGGGAAAACGAUGAACACAUGUUUCUAGACAAAAUAGGCAUGUGUUAUGAGCAUUUCCGUAAGGGAAAGACCCAAUAAAAAAAAUGAACCUGUCAAAACACGAAUUUGUUUUCUUAAAAAAAAAACAAUUCGGCGAUUUGGCAAGUGUUUGUUGAGAGUUCAAAAAUCGCACUUGUUUUUGGCGGUGUGAGACGCGGUUUAGUUUGUUUUUUUCGCUCGAAUUUCUGAACUGGUCAUUCCGUGUCACCAUUAUUCCAGUUAUCUGGGAUUUACUCUGCAAUCUACAGGCAAAACAAUGAGCCAUACAAUCUAAUAAAUGUUAGGAUCACUGGAAAUCUACUUGUUAGUGUAAACAGAGCAAGUUCACCUUUCUAAGCCUACGUUUACUUAGUUUUGCAAUAUCGGUAUAAUAUCGGCUCUAGCGGGGAAGCGCGACCGUGUGUGUGAUAAUGUAUAUCGUUCGAAAUGAGUUUCGCUGUUCCUCUAGAAAAACCAUCUGGAAAGUGUCGGGUCUCUGACGGCCACCGGAAACGAUGCAGGGUUGUUCCCAUGGUCGAUAAGCAUUCCGAUAACUCGGUUACUGCAAUGCUCGACGGUUGGGGCGCAGCAUUUUCCAUUACGGCUUACUGAUAGCAUUCUGCAGUUACCUUUUCGUAAUUGUUCAAGAGCUGCCGUUGAAACUAUCGGCAAGUUAAAAGAUUUACCUCAACUUUACAGAAAGAUGUGUUAAGUUUUGCUACUGUACACGGGUCACGGACAGGGAGACACUGUGACUGAGAUUUUAUCAGUUUUUGACAAAAAACCGCAGUGCCGGUGAAAAGGCAGCCGGGAAAUGUAGUCCGGCCAAACUGCGCGAAACUGACUCGAUCGGCAUUCGCUUGGGAAGUAUCGACAAACUGAGGGGUGGCUCAUUCGUGGCCCGUGGGCACCAUUUUUACACGUUAACAGGCUGCUUUGGGAUCUUAAAACAGAUGUAUGUUAACUAGCUGUUCGCAAAUGAAUUUAUUAGCUUGGCAUUAACUGAUUAACACCACAACCGCACAACUUUUCGGCAAACAUGACACUCGGUUAUGUGUAUGGAAAGACACAAUAAAACAAAGUACACAUAGUUACAGACCUUUAAUAAC